AUACUUAGCCAUGCAAUAAUGACAUACAUGGUUGAUAAGUACGCGGAGAAUGAUAAUCUUUAUCCAAAAGAUUUGAAAAAACGUGCGAUUGUUAAUCAAAGGCUUCAUUAUAGUGGAGGAGUUAUUUUCUGUCGUUUGUUAGGAGCUUUACAACCUUUACUUCGCGGUACGACGAAAACAGUCUCGCCAGCGUCGCAGCAGUUUUUGGAAGACUCUUAUAAAUAUAUGAACACUAUUUUAGAUGGACGGAAAUGGCUCGCUGGCGAUUCUUACACACUUGCAGAUAUUAGCAGUAUAACUGCAAUCAGCAGUGUUACGGUAUUCAAAUCGAUAAAUGAUUAUCCUAAUUUGAUAAACUGGAUGAAAAAUUGCCAAGAACUGCCAGGAUUUACAGACAUCGCUGCCGUAGGGAUAAAAGAAUUUCAUGAUUUAGUGAGCCAGCAGUCGUUCUUUUUAAUUAAUUCAACCAACUAUUGUACUAUACCAAGGAAGAGAAUCAUGGGAAUCUUAAAAGUCUCAAGAAGUUUGUUCUUCCUGACACACGUACAAUUCGUUGUCGUUUUAAUACCAAGCUAUUAUGUUCUUCUUAAACUACCGCCAAAGAAAUCAUAAUGAAAUAUCUUGCAUUGUAUACAUAAUUACAAUUAAUAUUAAUAAUAAAUAAUACACACAACUCUCUAUUCAGCUCCCUGAUGUAACACUUUUCGCUCAUUUAUUUUGUUUUUAUCUUCAGCUGUCUAAUUCAAAGGGCCUGAUGUUUUUAGCUGAUGAUGUCAACUAAUGAUAUAUUAUUGAGAAGAUUUCACAGAAUCAAAACUAAACCGGACAUAACAUUUCCCGAAUGAUAAGAUUAUU